AUGGAGCGUCUAUUACGACUCGGACGACCCCUGAAACUGCUGUUUAUGGGAGCCCCGGGGGCUGGAAAGGGAACAUAUGCCAGCCGGCUCGCGAGAGACUGGUCGAUUCCUCACAUUUCGACCGGUGAUCUGAUCCGAGAAGAAAUCAAGGCGAAAACGUCCCUGGGGCAAACUCUGCAGGAACAUGCUGACAGGGGCGAUUUGGUUCCGGACAACAUUGUGUCAGCCAUAUGUCGGAGACGGCUGGCUGAGAAAGACUGUGCAAGAGGGUGGAUUUUGGAUGGUUUUCCUAGGACAGUGACGCAGGCUGUUGAGCUGGGGCAGUUCGACCGUCCAUCGUUGUGCGUCCACAUUUUCUUGCCAGACAAUAUUCUGGUGACGAAGCUGCUCUCUCGUCGAAUAUGUGGAACCUGUGGGGCAAAUUUCAAUACCGCGGACAUUCGCUCCCCGCCGUACGACAUGCCGCCUCUCCUUCCAGAUGCAGCGUGUUCCCAGUGCAGCGGAAGCCCGCAGUUACUGAAGCGUAACGAUGACACAGAAGCCGUUGUUCAAAAUCGCUUAGCUGUCUAUAAGCGUGAGACGGAACCGCUUCUUCGAUUGUAUCGGCAGGAAGGGACGUUGUUAGAUUAUCACGUCAAAAAGGGAGUGAAGGACUUGCCUGAUUUGUCAAACACCAUUCUCACACGUGUUGAGCAACUGGAUACAAAGUCUUGA